GGUGGCCCGGUCUCUUUAAGGCCCUGCCGCGCCUGCGCCUUGAGCCUUCCUGACGCGACCGGGCCGGACCCGGGAGGAGCCGGCGGCGGGCACACUAGGGGUUGGGUGGUAGUUGAAACCGCGGCGGCGCGGGGGCAGUGGGUCAGGGUCUGAGGCGGCCCUGAGCUCCUGAGUGAGCGCGGCGCUCAAGAGGGGUCGCGGCCGGCGGCCGGCGGAGCCGGGAGAGAGGCCGAGGCGCUGAGACGCGGCGGCGCGGCUGCCGGCUGGAUGGGAAGUUAAUGUUUACGGCGGAGUCCACCCAACGUUUCCAAGGUGGCGACAGACAGGGUUGCAGAAAAGUUGAGUUCUACUCUCUCAUGGGUAAAGAACACAGUGUCACAUACAGUCAGUCAGAUGGCCAGUCAGGUGGCAAGUCCAUCUGCUUCAUUACACACUACAUCCUCAUCUACCACACUGUCAACGCCAGCCCUUUCACCAUCUUCCCCGUCACAGUUGAGUCCAGACGACUUAGAACUCCUGGCUAAACUGGAGGAACAAAAUAGAUUGUUAGAAACAGAUAGUAAAUCUUUAAGAUCUGUAAAUGGAUCAAGAAGAAACAGUGGUUCCUCCCUUGUAUCAAGUUCAUCAGCCUCCAGCAACCUCAGUCACCUUGAAGAAGACUCUUGGAUUCUUUGGGGAAGAAUUGUUAAUGAAUGGGAAGAUGUGCACAGAAAGAAGGAAAAGCAAGUUAAGGAACUUGUUCGUAAAGGGAUACCCCAUCAUUUUAGAGCAAUAGUUUGGCAACUUCUGUGCAGUGCACAAAGUAUGCCAAUUAAGGAUCAGUAUUCAGAACUCCUGAAAAUGACCUCACCUUGUGAAAAAUUGAUCCGAAGGGACAUUGCUAGAACUUAUCCUGAACACAAUUUUUUUAAGGAAAAAGAUAGUCUUGGACAGGAGGUUUUGUUUAAUGUAAUGAAGGCAUAUUCUUUAGUGGAUCGUGAGGUUGGUUACUGUCAAGGAAGUGCUUUUAUAGUUGGAUUGUUGCUUAUGCAGAUGCCAGAAGAAGAAGCUUUCUGUGUAUUUGUUAAAUUAAUGCAAGAUUAUAGACUUCGUGAACUUUUUAAACCAAGUAUGGCAGAAUUAGGCCUUUGUAUGUACCAGUUUGAAUGCAUGAUACAGGAGCAUCUUCCAGAACUCUUUGUGCAUUUUCAGUCUCAGAGUUUUCAUACCUCAAUGUAUGCAUCAUCUUGGUUUCUGACUAUCUUCCUUACGACAUUUCCACUACCAGUUGCAACAAGGAUAUUUGAUAUCUUUAUGUCUGAGGGUUUAGAAAUAGUGUUUCGGGUAGGAUUAGCGCUUCUUCAAAUGAAUCAGGCAGAACUGAUGCAACUCGACAUGGAAGGGAUGUUACAGCACUUUCAGAAGGUCAUUCCACAUCAGUUUGAUGGUGGUCCAGACAAAUUAAUCCAGGCAGCUUACCAAGUCAAGUAUAACUCAAAAAAAAUGAAAAAGCUUGAAAAGGAAUAUACUACAAUAAAAACUAAAGAAAUGGAAGAACAAGUUGAAAUUAAAAGGUUACGCACAGAAAAUAGACUAUUAAAACAGCGCAUUGAAACAUUAGAAAAAGAAAGUGCUUCCUUGGCAGAUAGAUUGAUACAGGGACAAGUGACAAGAGCCCAGGAGGCUGAGGAAAACUACCUCAUAAAACGGGAGUUGGCCAACAUCAAACAGCAGAGUGAUGAGGCCAGUGCUAAACUGGAGCAAGCUGAAAGUACCAUCAGGAAGCUCCAGCACCAACAGCAAUGGCAUAAAUGCAGUUCCAACUACAAUGAAGAUUUUGUGCUACAGCUAGAGAAGGAAUUGGUCCAAGCCCGACUGAGUGAAGCUGAGUCUCAGUGUGCACUAAAGGAAAUGCAGGAUAAAGUUCUGGAUAUAGAAAAGAGAAACAACUCCUUUCCUGAUGAGAAUAAUAUUGCAAGGCUUCAGGAGGAACUCAUUGCUGUGAAACUGAGAGAGGCAGAAGCUAUUAUGGGUUUAAAAGAACUUAGACAACAAGUCAAGGAUUUAGAGGAACACUGGCAGCGCCACUUAGCUCGUACUACUGGGAGAUGGAAAGACCCACCUAAGAAAAAUGCUGUGAAUGAGUUACAAGAUGAACUGAUGACCAUUCGACUUAGAGAAGCUGAAACACAGGCAGAAAUAAGAGAAAUAAAACAAAGGAUGAUGGAAAUGGAAACACAGAACCAGAUCAAUAGUAAUCAUCUUCGAAGAGCAGAACAAGAGGUGAUCAAUCUACAGGAGAAGGUGCAGUAUCUUUCUGCACAGAACAAAGGACUACUUACCCAAUUAAGUGAAGCAAAGCGCAAACAAGCAGAGAUUGAAUGCAAGAACAAGGAAGAAGUGAUGGCUGUGAGACUCCGGGAAGCAGAUAGCAUAGCUGCUGUGGCUGAACUACAGCAGCACAUUGCUGAGCUUGAAAUCCAGAAAGAAGAAGGAAAGCUUCAAGGACAGCUUAACAAGUCUGAUUCUAACCAGUACAUUAGGGAACUGAAAGAUCAGAUAGCAGAGCUGAAUCAUGAGCUCAGUUGCCUAAAAGGCCAGAGGGGCUUCUCCGGCCAACCCCCUUUUGAUGGAAUCCACAUCGUCAACCAUUUAAUAGGAGAUGAUGAAUCAUUCCAUUCCUCUGAUGAAGAGUUCGUAGGUAAUUCCUUACAGGAAAGUGGCAUUGGUUUUCCUUUGCACAGAAAAUCUGGCCUGAUGUCUUUGGACCCCACUGUGGCAGAUGGUAGUGAAAGCGAAGCAGAAGACAGCGCACUGAAGAACAGAGAGAGCAGUGAAGUGGCUCAAAAGGAGCGGCCCCCGAGAAGCGGGUCGUACUCAACCACUGUCUGACCAUCACUGUGACCUACACUGUGGAUUUUUUUAAGGGAUCAGUUAUCAUGACUGAGGGUUUUUGGAACAUAUCUGUUUCAUAUGUAUAUAUAUAAAUAUAUAUAUUUUACAAUCUUAACUGCCUUUUUAUCUUUGCCAAAUCUUCACCACUGA